CAUUCUUUCUGUAGUUUUUUGGUUGGUAGCAGGAAUGCCGUCAGUUGACCUAUUGAUUGUUUUUGUGUGUUGAAGCGCCCUGACAUAGGACUUUAGAUGUAUUAUAUUGUAGCUUUUUAUCAGCUUUUUGUAGUAUGUUGUCAUUUAUUUUGUUGACCAAAUAGAUUACAUAGAUCACGGAAUUCCAUUCAUGCAAAGUAUCAACUCCAGUUUUACUUCCAGAAGCCAAAUACAAGUUUUACUAAUCUUGGCUGUUAUAUAAGAUGUAUAUUUGUUUGGUGAUUCAGUUGGCAGUAUUAUGAGGAUUAUAAUGUGAUUCUUCUGCUGAUUUGUAUGUUUAUCAGUUUUUGGGCUACUUGAGCAGUGACAGGGGAGAGUUAUCUGAUUUUUCUACUAAGUAUAGUGACUGAGUUGCUGCUCUGGAGGUUUGAUAUACUGAUUGCAGUGUUGGCUCAGUACCUGAUCAGUUUGUUUUGCUCUAGUAUGGAUUAUGUAUUAACAUCCUUCAACCAUAUUAUAAAUGAUAAAAAAAGACUUAUUUAUGUUGUUGGUUGAUGGAAUUAUUGUUGAUUAUACUAAUCAAUGGGCAAACAUUUAGAAACAGAUCGUAAAGGCUUCCGAAUAUCAACCAGAUGUGAUUUGAGUUUGUUGUUAUUUUUAAGUUAUUCUUAUAAGCUGUUUUGCGACUGUUGUGUGGGAGAUAUUUUAUGGCUUUGGACUUAUCAGUAUUAAGCUUCAUGCAAUGAGUAAAAGAAUUUUGCCAGCAAAGUGUGCUUGAAUUUGACUGGAUAGCGUGAUUAGAAAUGAACGAUGGACAAGCUUGUGAAUCUGCAUUUUUCACUGACAGUGGUAUUAGAGAUAAAGAUUAUGGUGGAAAGGGAUACAGGGCGACCUCGUGGAUUUGGCUUUGUGACUUUUUCUGAUAAACGUGCGGUGGAGGAUGCUAUUAGGGAGAUGCACAACAAGGAAUUUGGUGGUCGGCAAAUUUCAGUCAACAAGGCCGAGCCAAAGGUGUCUUCGGAUGAUACAGGUUAUGGCUAUGGUGGUGGCGGUUAUUCGUCCGGCGGCCGGGGAGGUUAUCGUGGAAAUGCCGAUGAUUCACUACCAGUUGGCCGGUCCGAGUGUUUCAAGUGCGGGCGUUCAGGCCAUUGGGCUCGCGAAUGCACUUCUGGUGGUGGUGGACGGUUCUCGUCUCGUUCCCGGAUCGGUGGAGGCAGCGACAGCCGUGGAGACAGAUUUGGAGGUGGCGGCGGUCGCAAUAACGACCGUUAUUCCAAUGAUAGGCAUGAUGGAGCCCGCCACGAUGGCGGGCGACACGAUGGAACUCGUUUUGCAGGCCGUGACCGUUUCGACGGCAAAGAUAGUAGAUACAAUGGUGGUCGUGAUCGUUAUUCGCCUGCUGGUGACAGGUAUGGCAGUGGACCUGACAGGUACCCAUCCAAUGGAUACAACAAAGAAAGGAGCUUUGAUAGAGAUGGAGGCGGCCGUGGUGGUGGCAGCAGUGACAGGUAUGAUGGCGGCGGACCUACACGAUAUAACAGUGGCAGUAGCUAUCGAGAGAGGCCUGGGCCAUAUGAUCGACCCAGCAAAGGCAGCCGUCCUUCAUCCUUCGACGACCGGUACUAAGGCUUCUUUUGGGACGGCUUUCUUACUGCUUUUUAAAGCAGCUUUCUAGUAUACAAAUUUUAAUUUUUAAACUAGAAAGUCUUUUUAAGAAGCAAUAAAAAAGUCGUCACAAAUGAAAGCCUAAACCCCACUUAUGUUUCGUGACCGCUCUCUGCUUUUACUUCAUUUUUGCUAGUAGUUAAUGUAUGCUUGUAGGAGGCUCAAAAAACUUCCGUUUUGUAGCAGAAAAGAUGUAUUUUUCUAUGCUGAAGUCCAUUAUUCUGCGAUCUCAAGCAAUUAUUAUGGAUUUUGCUCAUUAUAUUGAUUUGUUUCUGCUAGAAUAGCCUAUUAUCUUAGAUCAA